UUCCUUGGCUUGGCGCCCUGCCUGGCUCCCUGCCCAAACCAGCGCACCUGGGGUGGCCAGCCCACUUCCCGCUCCGCUUUCUGUCCAGGUGGUUGUGGGCAGCAUCUUCACGGGGGGAAAGGGGGGGUGGAACCUGACUUUGUCCCUUCCCCGCACUGGGGACCAGGAGGAGAGGGGGUUCCGGCCCCAGGUAGUUUUAGUGGGGGAGGGAGAGCUAGGGCACAGUGCGGCAGGGAAGCCGUGUGUCGAGCGCAGGCAUGUUCUUGCUUGCCCUUCCCAGCCCGCCAGUCGUGGCUGGCAGUCAGUGAGGGAGCAGCAAUAAGCACCUGGCACGCAGGGCCCCCCGCUAAACUGCUGGGUACACAGUGUCAAGUGGCUCGGCUUGUGGGAGGCAGCCUGCUCUGCCCGCCUGCUUAGCAGUUCCAGCUUCCAGAAGCAGCACCCCACCUCCCAGGAGGCUCACCGGGUAGAGCCCAGGCCAGGACCGGCAUGGAGAGGACAGAGCCACUGGGCCAGCUCCCUUCGUGGACAGACGCCAGCAGGCUGGAGCCCAGUGCAAAGGACCUGGCCGAGGCGCAGCAGGAGCUGCGGUGGGUGGAGCUGAGCUCCGAGGCCCCUGGAGCCAGGGGAGAGAGGCCCGGGGCCCCCCAGGGCUGGGGCCACCUGCACCAGGCGGUGUGGUGCGGUUCCCCAGGCCUGGUGAUGCAGCUGCUGCGGCAAGGGGCCCGCGUGGACGAGAGGGACGGCGCGGGCCGCAC